UUAAUUGAAAAUGUCUCAGCAAGAAAGUAGCUCUGGGUAUUGAAACAUGCAAGAUUUACGGGAUAAUGAAAACGAGGACAUUAAAGAGAUUAAUGAUCAGAAGAAGAGGUCUUUGUCAUGGAUUUUCUAUGCUAUCUCAGCCACUGUUUGUUUCGCCAUCUCAGCUUAUAUCCUUGGAAUUAUCAGCGUGAAUGGAGCUUCUGCAAAGUUCCUGAACUCUUGGGGAUAUCUAUUCGUUUCUAUCCUCAUUGUGUCAACAAAGAACAUCAAGUUCGUGAAACAAAGGAGGAAAUAUAAGAGAGAAAGUCCUGAAGCCACCAAGAAUCUGUCUUCGUUUGCGACUUUGAAAGAUUCAUGUUACUAUAAUAAAGAACAAGAAGCAUACGAAAUCAUGGCUCUGGUUUUAUCGUUCAUCUGUGGGUUGCUAAACUUCGCAGGAGAGUUCUCGAUCAUCUUUGCAUUCCAGCAUGCUCUUGAUUCUCUGUUGAACCAAGGCAUUUUGACUUCAUUAUUCACUCUGGGAGCCAUUAUAGUCUUGGUAGGAAGUGUUUAUCUGUUAGAUGAACGAGUAAGAUUCUGUGAGUGUGGUGGGGUGAUUCUUAUAAUCCUUGGUACUGUCUUCAUUGCCCUUACUAAAAAAGGUGAGGAAAUUCCAGGAGUUCCUCUCCCUCCAGAAUUAUCUCCCCAAGAUAACGAACUUGACAUUCUAAUACCUAAUGAAGGACCAGCAAUUGCUAUUCUACUAGCUAUUUUAGCAACAGUAUGUUUCGGAACAAGAGGACUGAUUUUGAAAUACAUGUUUCUCCAAAAAGGAAUCGAUGGAAUCUCUGCUUCUUCAGUAUUCCUCAUUACUGAUGGGCUUAUUGGUGGAAUCACUGGACUGGUCAUUACUCUAAACGGAGGAGCAUAUGCUGCCUUCCAACCUCUUUAUAUUGUGCUUGGCAUUGUCUCAGGAUGCUUGGCUGGCACUGGAGUUUUGUGCUUAAAUAUUUCAAUCAUGGAAGGCCUAGCGGGUCCUGCAGUCGCAAUGUCUAAUCUGUCAAGUGUGAUCCAAGCACUACUUGACUGGGGCUUCUUGGGCCAAGUUCCGUCUAUGAACGAGACUCUUGGACUCAUUAUAGCUGUGGCUGGAGCUAUCGUGAUGGCAGUUGGGGAUAAUUACAUUAUUAAGCCUUUAUUCUAUAGAAGCUCUCAACAUGAAUCAAGCAAAGUGGUCAAUAAAGAUAUCGAAAAUAAUUCUGGGAAUUAUAAAAAUUCAUCAUUAGUAGAUGCCAUGAGAAGAAGGAAUAUAAAGAACAACCAAAAGCGAAAUGAGAUAUUUCAAAAGGAGAAAGAAGAUGGAGAUGAUGAGGCUUCCGAUUAAGUCUGAAAUAGGAGAGCUUAGCCUCAAUCCCUCUUCAGGUACAAAAGUAGCUUAAAGAUGCUGUUAGUAAGAAUAAUAUAAAUUC